AUGUAUGCCUGUAAUCAGCACAAAAUAAUUUUAAUUCCAAUGCAGACGAUAUUGAACUCUAAGAAUAAAUUGAUUACAUAUGGUACAUUGGUUUCACACCUCCAUGGUCUUGUAAAUUUACAUGACAAAGAUUCGUAUGUUCGAAAAAGGAUUAAGGGCGAAUUCGUUCAUGUCGAAGACGCUGGUAAUGAACAGAGGUGGUUGAAGCUUCUGUAUGCAAAAAAUGAACGAAAGUUUCCAUACGAUACUAAUGCCAAACAAGAAUGCCGUAUGGAUACCUGUUUUGAUUAUACACUUUGUCAGUCUGAUUUCAAAGUUUAUGUUUACCCUCCUUCAUCGAGACAAACUAAUCCAUCUUUAACCUAUCAAAAAAUUCUUACUGCUUUGCAUAACUCAAAACUGCUUACGUCAAAUCCACACGAAGCUUGUAUCUUUAUUCCUAGCUUGGAUACUCUGGAUAGAGAUCCUUUAAGUCCACAUUUUGGCCAGUAUAUUGCUCAGGAGCUAGUCAACCUUCCAUAUUGGAAUUCUCUACCUAAAAAUGACGUCAAUCCUGACUCCUUCUCUGGAACUGCUGGACAGCCCUCCGAAUACGCUGGUCGUAAUCACUUAAUAUUCAAUUUACAUGCUGGCACAUGGCCAUAUUAUCACGAAGACGAGUAUCGUUUAUGGUUAGGUCAAGCAAUACUGGCUAAAGCUAGUUUCUCCACGAAACAUUUUCGUCCAAACUUUGAUAUUUCUUUACCACUUAUCCAUCCUCAACAUCCUACAAGAUCUGGAGUGAAACACUUGCAGCAUUUAGUGACCAGUGAACAUUUACGUGGUCGUCUUGAUCUGCCGUAUCUUUUAAGUUUUAAGGGUAAACGUUAUGUUAGCGGAAUAGGAUCAGCUUCACGUGAUAUACUUUUUCACUUGCAUAAUGGAAAAGAUAUAAUUAUGUUGACUACUUGUCGUCAUGGUACAGAUUGGAUACGAUAUGCUGAUAAACGAUGUGCCACUGAUAUGGCACUAUACGACACGUAUGAUUAUUGGGAAUUGAUGUAUAAUUCAACAUUUUGUCUUGUUCCGCGUGGACGCCGGCUUGGAUCUUAUAGAUUUCUAGAGGUUCUUCAAGCUGGUUGUAUUCCGGUAAUGUUGAGCAAUGAUUUAGAACUCCCAUUCUCUGAAGUGAUUGAUUGGAAUCGUGCUGUUAUUUGGGCGGAUGAACGGUUACCAUUGUUGCUUCCACUGAAUCUACGACGUAUUACAUCUCAUCAAAUUAUUCAAUAUAGACAACAAGUAAUGUUCCUUUGGCACACUUACCUAUCUUCAAUUGAAUCGAUUGUGCUUACAACACUCGAGAUUUUACGUGAUAGAGUUUCAUCUCGUGCUCGUAGCUAUGAAAUAUGGAAUACUUUCCCGGGUGCACUUGGAAUUUCUCAUGUUACCUCUUUAGACAACUGUGAUGUUACACUGCAUAGAUAUCCAGUUCAUUGUCAGUCCGCAUUUAGAUCCGGUUUUACAAUGCUGAUUACAAUACGUCAAGAACUCUGCGAUUUGUAUUCAAGCCGCAUUAAAUCUCUUCGUGAAACAGUAUUUCGCUCAAAGUUCUUACGAAAGGUAGUUAUUAUAUGGCAGUGCAACAGCUUACCACCAACUGACAUUGAGCUGAAUUCUUAUCUCCCAGUACCUGUUGAAAUUAUAUUACCUGAUGAACGUUACCUAACAGGAUAUAAUCUAGCAUCUGCAUCACCAAGUGUCCGUUUUCAGCCUUUUGAUGAAAUUCCUACCUUGGCGGUGUUCACAAACUCAUUGAAUUUGAAUAUCACUGUUGAACAGUUGGAAUUCGCUUAUUUAACGUGGCAAGAGUUCCCAAAUCGUCUUGUUGGAUUUCAAGCUCGUUCGCAUUAUUGGAAUAGUACUGAUAAUUUGUGGAGAUAUGAUGACAAACCGUCAACAAAGCAGUUUUCAAUAAUUCUACUGAAUGGUGCUUUCUAUCAUCGUUAUUACCACCAUUUGUACCGAACACUGUUGGAUCGUAAAUUACAUGAAAUUGUUGAUGUAUUCCAAGACUGUGAAGAUAUUUUACUGAAUUGCCUUAUAAGCCAUGUAACUACCUUGCCUCCAAUUAAAUUAUUUCAAGUAAAUCAAACGGAAAAUCUCAUGGUAUAUUCGGAUGUUGACAAUUCAACUCAGUCAAAUGAAUAUCGUGACCGACGAAGCCUAUGCAUACAGGCUUUUUCACAACACUUUAUUAAAUUCCCUUACACAGGGAAACAAUCUAUGCCUAAUAAUAAUAAUCAGCAUACAGAUGAAAAGGAUAUCCCUGAAUUAUAUCUACCACUUUAUAGGAAUUCGCACAGCAUUCAGGCUUCCUAA